AUGACUGCUUCAUCUAUGGCGCACAACGUGGACAAACAUCCCAGUGCCAAGGAGGAGAGAAAGCUGAGAAAGCCGCUCAUUGAGAGGAAAAGACGGGAGAGGAUAAAUAAUUGUCUGGAUCAGCUGAAAGAAACUGUGAUCGGAGCGUUCAGGCUGGAUCAAUCCAAACUGGAGAAAGCUGAUAUUCUAGAGAUGACAGUGAAACAUCUGCAGAACAUUCAGAAUAAUAAGCUCAACGACCCCACAUUAGGCCUGGAGGCCCAGCAGAGAUACAGCACAGGCUACAUCCAGUGCAUGCACGAGGUCCACAACAUGCUGCUCACCUGCGACUGGAUGGACAAAACUCUGGGCUCCCGUCUGCUCAACCACCUCCUCAAGUCCCUGCCCAGGUCCACCGACGAGCGGCCCCUCACCCAGCCCGUCCCCCCUCCGCAGGGCGUCCCCGGCACGCCCCUCAGAGGAGACCCCCUGGGCGGGAGGCAGCUCCACAGAGAGGCGCCCGGCUGCCACGCGGCUGGACGUCAGGAGAGGUCGGCGCUCCACAGCUCCCACCUGGGGAUGCUGGAGAUGUGGAGGCCCUGGUGAACCGCUGGAUUAAUCGUCUUGGUUCUCCGUUUUGUUAGACCAUCCUGUUAUGUAUCUUAUAGAUAUGCUGCUCAGAAGACAAACACGUGGGGCGGUUUUGUUCCAAUGAUUAUUAUUGUAGGUGUGCUAUGAUUCUAUACAGACCUUUUCUCAGUA